GACCUGCUGCUGCAACCCUGUGGGAAAGACCUCCAAACAGUUACACACAGGGCUGACCGUGGUUGUCGGUGGACAUUUUUGACUCUGUAAUCCCCUCAAAAAUGGAGUAAUUGGAUCCAGAGCAUUGCUGUGGGAUGUUGGGAGAAGGAAACUCAUUUGUAACUCAAAUGAGUUUCUAUUAUUUUGCCUGGCGUCUCUCCUGUGGACUAUUUUUCUCUUUCCAGGACUGUAUUCUCUAGCAUCUUUGCCCAUGUCCAGUUGAGAUGUACCAGUAAAUCUGUACCAGCUCUACCAGGGCAGUUAUUGCCUUGUGUGUAAGCUGAAACAGAGGUGAAGGUGACCAACUUCGUCACUGGGCGUCAUAACACAUCUGAAUAUGAAUCUGACACAGAGAAUCAAACUGAUGAAGCACUUUGGCUCUGUGCCACCGGAGGCUCCUCCACCGCUCCUGAUAGUGCCUAAACCAGGCAUGGAGGAGUUGCUGAUAUGGGAGCAGCACACGAUAAUGCUGAACAAGGACCCCAAGUUAGGGUUUGGUUUUGCCCUAUCUGGUGGCAAGGACAAGCCCCACCCAGAUACUGGGGACACAGCCGUGGUGGUGUCUGAUGUGCUACCAAACGGACCAGCCAUGGGGAGGCUGUUCACAAAAGACCAGAUUGCCAUGGUCAAUGGAGUGUCUAUGGAGAACGUCCACUCUAACUUCACCAUUCAGAACCUCAAGGCAUGUGGCAAGACAGCCAAUAUUACAGUGAAACGUCCUCGAAAGAUCCAGAUCCCAGCGACUUCAAAGCCAUCUCGAGCUGCCUCCCACUCCAACCUGCUGGACAAGGACCCACCGACCAGACGGACACGACGCUACUCUGAUGGCAGCGACAAGGGCCGCGACUAUAACCGCUAUCACGCUCGACCCCGCAGCUCCACCCCUGAGCGUAACGGUCAUGGAAACACACUGCCACUCAUGUCCUCUGGGUAUAAGAGACUGCCGCACCAGGACGUGGCUGAAAAACCCAUUAGAACCACUCUAGUUAAGAAGAAACUCGCAGAUGAGUAUGGGUUAAAGCUCGGCAGCCAGAUCUUCAUUAAACACAUGACAGAAACGGGCCUGGCUGCCAAGGAAGGCACCCUGCAGGAGGGAGACCUCAUUCUGAAGAUAAAUGGCAUGACAACAGAGAACCUGUCUCUGCUGGAGACCAAGCACCUGGUGGAGAAGAGCCGGGGAAAGCUGACCAUGACGGUCCUCAGGGACAAUCGCAAGUUCCUGGUCAGCAUACCGGAGAUGGAGGACAGUGCCCCCAACAGCGAGGAGGACCGCCGCAGAGACAGUAGCUCUGAACUGGAGGACAUUUCAGACCUUGACACAGACAUCCCAUCUCCUAAAGACAGAGUGUCCCGUCCUCCAACCAGAGAAAAACGUACACGCCGAACCAGAGCUGAGCCCCCUCCUCCGGUCAAGUCCCGUGACUCAUCGCCAGUGCGUUCCACAUUGACCCGGCUGCAUCCUAAGGCCUACCCAUCUCGAAGAGCCCCAUCUGAGUCUGAUUCCGACCACGAUGCCUCCCCUCCUCCCCCUGCAAGGAGAGACAGAGACAGUCCUGACAUAAGGGACCACACUGAUAAAUACAGAAGCCUUUCAGGGUUGUCCACCCUCCCCAACCACAGAACCUCCCCUGUCGUCCACAGCUGGGCCUCCCCACGCCCUUCAUCCUCUACUUCACGGCCCCGCAGGCCUGUUUCUGACUCAGACUCAGACCGCAGUGCCUCUACUCCCCCCCGGAGAGAGAGCCCCCGCCCAGACUCCAGAUACAAAGUUCUCCCUGACCUGCCUCACAAUAUGAUGAGGGCCUCCCCAAUCACUGUUCGCCAGGACCCUCCGCGGAGAGUCAGCUCACCUCUCAGGGUCCCACCCCCAGACUCUGAGUCCGAGUCAGAUGGCAGCUCAGGCCCCCCCCAGAGGCAGGGCACCGCCUACAGCCAGAGCUCCCACAACAGAUACAGAGUCCUCCCGGAUGUAUCCCAUCAGCCCCAGGUGGAGCCACCACGCUGGAGGGCCCCCAGCGUCACUACCAGCAUCCCGCCACAGAAAGCUUGCUCAGAAUCGGAGUCAGAGGCCAGCUAUGCAUCUGUCCCUCGCAGGGACUCCACAGACAGUGGAAACUCCAAUAACUCCAACAGGCCCAAGAACCGCUACAGAGUCCUUCCCGAAACCAAGCCCAAUCCAAUCCCAGUGAAAAGGGAGCCAUCUAGACCACCUCCUGAUGAUUCCUCAGAGUCGGACCAACUUUCACAUUUAAGGAGGUCUGGGAGCUCAGAGCGAGGCAGCAACCAUGGCAUUCCUCGAGCUGCUAAUGGAGCAGGAACUCUUAGGUCAGGAAUUUCAGUGAAGAGCAACCCUCAAAACUACUCCAAGCCAGUAGAGGAGCCCAUCUACUCCCUACCCCCAGACUCUUACCCUACCCCAAACCUCGGGUACAGCUCAGAUCUGAACACAGUGUCCUUUGUGAAGGAGGGCAGUGUGGGUCUGAGGUUGGUAGGGGGCAAUGACGUUGGUAUUUUUGUUGGUGGAGUUCAGCCAAAUAGCCCUGCCCAUGAACAGGGUAUGAGGGAGGGAGACCAAAUCAUGCAGGUAAAUAAAGUAGAUUUUGGCCAUUUUACGCGAGAGGAGGCUGCCAACUUCCUCCUCAACAUCAAGAGAGGGGAGCAGGUGCAAAUCCGCACACAAAACAAGAUGGACCUUUACAAGAAGAUCCUCAAGUCAAACCUGGGAGACAACUUCUACAUAAGGACACACUUUGACCACGAGGCGGACAGUGGCAUCGGCCUGAGCUUCACGAGAGGAGAGGUGUUCAGGGUGGUGGACACCAUGCACCGUGGGAAGCUGGGAAACUGGCUGGCCAUCCGUAUGGGGAAUGACCUGCAUGAGCUGGAUAAGGGCAUCAUCCCCAACCAGCCCAGAGCUGAGACGCUAGCCAGCAUGGAGCAGGCACAGAGGGGUAGUGGAGAAAGGCAAGUGGCUGGUCCCAGAGCCGAGUUCUGGAAGCUGCGAGGGCUCAGGGGGGGCAAAAAAAAUGUCCGGAGGACUCGUGAUGACCUUCUACAACUUACCAUUCAGGGCAAAUUCCCAGCUUAUGAAAGAGUUCUGCUCAGAGAAGCUAAUUUCAAACGGCCCAUUGUCAUUCUGGGCCCUCUCAAUGAUAUUGCCAUGGAGAAGUUGGCCAGAGAGAUGCCGGAUGAAUAUGAAAUGGCAGAAAUGGUGCCCCGCAGUGGAGGAGACAGUGGUUCCACAGUAAUAAAACUGGACACAGUGAGAAAGAUAGCUGAGAAGGGUAAGCACCCUCUGCUGGACAUCACUCCUACUGCAGUGGAAAGGCUGAACUACAUCCAAUACCACCCAAUGGUGCUGUUCCUGGACCCACACAGCCGCAAGGAAGUCAAGGCCAUGAGGCAAAGGUACAGCCCCAACUCCAACAAGAGCUCAAGACGCCUUUAUGCACAAGCCCUGAAGAUGAGGAAACACUGCGGCCAUCUAUUUGCUGCUCGUAUUGAUUUGCAGCCCAGCUCCAAUGUUUGGUAUGAGAGUCUCAAGGACAAGAUCCGCCACCAGCAGGCUAAACCUGUCUGGGUGUCUGAAGUUACGUUGGAGAGUGGCGGAGAGCAUGACCUGGAUGCACUCGACCGCAGCCACUCCGACUACCUCAGUGCUGCUAGCGACCUAGAGGAUACUGAUGGAGAAGUCUAUACUGAUGGAGAGGCCUACACUGACAACGAGGACCUGGAUGAGGCUUUCCCAAGCCAGGACAGCGCCAGGCCUCUGCGGAGCUCCAGGAUAACGGGAACCGCGCUAGCCCGGUCUUCUGAGCCUGCCUCUACUCUCCACAGCCCUGAGAUAGACCCUGAGCCCCAUCCGGACUCGUAUGAAAUCAGAGAAAUCCCACCCCUGAUGCAUGUGCCUGAGCCCAAAUCAUCCCGCCGUGAAAAUGUCAGCCCACCUCAUAGCGCCACCCAGGAGACCUCCUCUCACCGCAGUUUUUCAGACUCUGAUUUUAGCAUCAAUGAUCCGGUCGCCCCCACUACACCAUCAGACGGACCCCCGGACUUCAGAGCCCCAGACCCCUCAAAGCUGAACUCCGUUCCCCAGUCUUCACCUCCAGAGCUGGAACCUGAGAGCCCCCAACUCGCCUCCCUGUCCACCAUUGAGGAAAAAUUACAGCAGGCCCGCUUGGCAGAGCCACAGGUGGCAGCACAGGAAACAACAAAGUCUUCCCCUCAGUUCAUUGUGCUGGCUCAUCACCAGGCUGUCCAGUACCGACGCACUCAGAUCCGAGGCAGUGACAGCUCUUCGGAAGAGGACGAGGCUGAUGACAUUGAAUGGGGUCCAGCGACAGAACUUUAAACGCAGUACUCACAGGACCCCAUAGAACUGUCAUCUAGAAGUGGCCCCAACUCUGGACCCAGCUCAGUAGGGGACACAAUUCCAAAAUUUAAGCCAGCAGUGUGAACCCCGCUACUGCCUUACAAUGAUGAAUUUACAAUGAAUUUUAGGCCUUUACUCUAGGCCUAAAAGCUGUCGUCUACCAAUCUGAAAGGGACACAAUUGUAAUUUCACUUCUUCCUACAAAAUUGCCCGCAAGAGAGCAGAUGUUUGGUAUGUUAAUUUUUCAACCAAACCAAUGUUUUGUCUUAAGAUGUUCAUGGUGUGGCAUGUUGAAGCAGGUGUGUUUACAGUGGGAUUUCUGGAUUCUUUUUAGACUGUCUCGCCCUGGACAGGUUCUCGGAUAAAAAAUUAUGUUGGAAGUGCCUCCUCACUUUUUUUUUUUUGCUUUUGAAUAUUUAAACCUCACUGUAAAGAUAAUUGUUUUUGCUAUUGUACAAAACAACUUUAACCAAUUCUAGAGAUUGCUUGAAAUACGAAUAUUUUACUGUCAUGUAUCCAUGUUCUCUUGCUACGGAUACAGGGCUGUGUCACAAGGAUAUUCAUGAAACAUUUGGAUGUACCAACAUUUUCGUUUUCACUACAUUAAACUGUUUUUA